UAAAUGCUCAGUCUACCAGAGCUCUGAAAUCCUCCGUCACUGCACUCUCGUUUCCGGUGGGGGAUCCGGCGGAGAUUCAACGAGAAAGAGAGACGGCGGGGAGAGAUGAAGUUCCAAAUCGAAGACGUAGUGGUGUACUUCCCGUACGACAACAUAUACCCCGAGCAGUACCAGUAUAUGCUGGAGCUGAAGCGUGCGUUAGAUGCUAAAGGCCACUGCCUUUUGGAGAUGCCGACGGGGACCGGAAAAACCAUAGCCUUGCUAUCGUUGAUCACCAGUUACCAGCUGUCGAAGCCGGCCGAUAAGAUUAAGCUCCUUUAUUGCACUCGAACCGUUCACGAGAUGGAGAAAACCUUAGCGGAACUCAAGCUGCUGUAUAACUACCAGCUCAAAAACUGCGGGGAUCGCGCCAAAAUGCUCGCGAUUGGGCUGUCGUCGAGGAAGAAUUUGUGCGUUAAUCCCGACGUGGUCUCCGCUGAGAAUCGGGAUUCUGUUGACGCCGCUUGCCGAAAGCUCACCGCCAGUUGGGUCCGGUCCUUAGCUGCGGAAAACCCUAACAUUCCUACUUGUCCAUUUUUUGAGAAUUACGAGAGGUCGUCUGCUGAUACCUCCUUGCCUUCUGGUGUUUAUACUCUGCAGGAUCUUAAAGUUUUUGGUAAAGAGAAAGGUUGGUGCCCUUACUUUCUAGCACGCCAUAUGGUGCAGCGUGCAGAUGUGGUAGUUUAUAGUUACCAAUACCUUCUUGAUCCAAAAGUUGCUGGAAUCAUAUCAAAGGAGAUGCAAAGAGAGAGUGUUGUGGUGUUUGAUGAGGCUCACAACAUUGAUAAUGUAUGUAUCGAGGCACUUAGUGUGAGUGUAAGGAGGCAGACACUUGAAGGGGCAACUAGGAAUCUAAAUAGGAUGACGCAGGAGAUUGAUAGGUUGAAGGCCACGGAUGCUGGUCGGUUGCGUGCAGAGUAUAAUCGUCUAGUUGAUGGUCUUGCACAAAGGGGGAACCUACCCAUUUCGGAUGGAUGGCUUGCAAAUCCCUCAUUGCCAGAUGAUAUCUUAAAGGAAGCAGUUCCAGGAAAUAUAAGGCGAGCAGAACAUUUCUUGUCUGUGUUGCGGAGACUAGUUCAGUACCUUAAAGGGAGAUUACAGGCUGAGAAUGUUGAAAAGGAGGGGCCUGUUUCCUUUGUUGCUUCCAUCAAUGCACAAGUUGGAAUUGAUCAGAAAAUGUUGAGAUUUUGUUAUGACAGGCUUCAUUCCCUCAUGCUGACUCUGGAGAUCACUGAUACUGAUGAAUUUUUACAUAUCCAAACCAUAUGUGACCUUGCAACAUUGGUGGGGACAUACACAAGAGGAUUCUCAAUUAUAAUCGAACCUUUUGAUGAGAGAAUGCCAGAUAUUCCUGAUCCUGUUCUUCAGCUAAGCUGUCAUGAUGCUUCUAUUGCCAUAAAGCCUGUAUUUGAACGUUUCCAGUCCGUUGUUAUAACCUCUGGGACACUUAGCCCAAUUGAUCUUUACCCUCGUCUUCUCAACUUCAAUCCAGUAUGUAGUCGGAGUUUUAAAAUGUCAUUGACGAGGGAUUGCAUAUGUCCUAUGGUUCUCACUCGGGGAAGUGAUCAGCUUCCUGUGAGCACAAAAUAUGAUCUAAGAAGUGAUCCUGGUGUGGAGAAAAAUUAUGGGAAGCUUUUGUUAGAAAUGGCAUCCGUUGUUCCGGAUGGGAUUGUCUGUUUCUUUGUCAGUUAUUCUUAUAUGGAUGGAAUAGUCAAUAGUUGGCACAACUCUGGACUUCUAAAGGAUAUAAUGCAGCAUAAACUAGUCUUCAUCGAGACCCAAGAUGUUGUAGAGACUACAUUGGCUUUGGAUAACUAUCGCCGAGCUUGUGAUUGUGGGAGGGGUGCUAUUUUCUUCUCUGUUGCAAGGGGGAAAGUAGCUGAAGGUAUCGACUUUGAUAGACAUUAUGGAAGGCUUGUUAUCAUGUGUGGGGUUCCUUUCCAGUACACAUUAAGCAGAAUAUUGCUUGCAAGACUGGAGUACCUAAGGGAGACUUUCCAGAUCAAAGAGGGCGAUUUUCUGACAUUUGAUGCUCUGAGACAAGCUGCACAAUGUGUAGGACGAGUUAUUCGUUCAAAGGCAGAUUAUGGGAUGAUGAUUUUCGCUGACAAGAGGUAUAGCCGACAUGACAAGCGAUCUAAGUUGCCAGGAUGGAUAUUGUCGCAUUUACGAGAUGCACACCUGAACUUGAGCACAGAUAUGGCCAUUCACAUAGCAAAGGAGUUCCUACGCAAAAUGGCACAGCCGUAUGAUAAAAGCGGCGCUCUGGGCAAGAAAACACUCCUGUCACAGGAGGAUUUGGAGAAGAUGGUUACUGGCCCUGAUGGGGAAAUGCUGGGUUGAAGAUCCAUUAUCUGACUGGGAAUUCUCAAUUUUUGUAACAAUUUGUUUCUCCUUUCUUCCCUUAUUGUUUUUCUAAUUUAUUCAUGAAAUCUGCUUGAAUGAAUAGAUUUUGCUCUGAUAUUAUCAACUGGGUCAUUUUUUUGUGUAAUCCAUCCAUUGUAACAAUAGCAGCAGUAUUAUAAAUUUACAGUGACCACAAGAGUUACACUACUAGACUACUAGUGGCUACCUUGAUGUUGUCUCUUGGAAUGCAUAUUUCUCCAUAGCUAAAA